UGCGUUGUUUCUGGUCUCGCGCGCCUCAUGUGACUGCAGUGCAGAUCUGCAGCUAAACAGUAAAUAAAGAGGAUAAAUCUGCUGAGAGUCUCGAGCUGCUGCAGCGAUCAGAUAUGGAGGGCAGGAAGGUGGCAGUGGUGGUCCAGGGGGAGGCGGAGGAGACUGACUCGGAAUCAGAUCAGGAGGUCUUCAUGACUUCAGUGAGACCCUCCUCAGGACUGACCGUUCCUGGAGAAGCUUCAGAAACCGACAGCGAAGGAGAACCGGCUCCAUGGAGACCAGAACCCGCCCAAACCUCCCAGAACAGACUGUUAUUCCAGUCUGACCUGCCCCCUCUGGUGGUCACACGCAGCCCUGAGGUGGUCUCGCUGUGUGGAACGGAUGAUGGGCGGAGUCUGAGGGCGGACUCGGCCGGACAGAACACUUUGCUGCAGCAGAAACUGCAGGAGGGCAACGCUCGGCUGUGCGCCGACGUCCAGCACAGCCUGAAACUGCUGUACCAGGGAGCGUCCAGGGACAUCCGGACCGCCACCGCCCACCUGAACAACUCCCAGAACAGCAUCAUCAACACCUCCCACAGCAUCCGCCUCAUCAUGGAGGACCUCAGAGCCGUCUCUGAGAAGAUCGACAUCAUCACCAGCUGUAAUCUGCUCCCGGACAUUACAGUUCCCGCCCAACAGCCCAGUUCUGCACCGUAAAGCUACUGUCAAAAGUGGAGGAGGUUCUACAUAUGUGCAUUGGCUUCCAUAUUAACUAUUUUUUUUACUGUAUUUUUCGCACUAUAAGGUGCAUUGAAUUUUAAAUCGCACUAUCAAUAAACGUCUACACGUUUACAUAUAUAAGGCCCACUGGAUUAAUAGGUCACAUUAUGUGACACUGUUAAGGAACAGGGGUGUCGCCAUCAUUUCCUUCUAAUUCAGCAAGUUAACCUGUCAAGCUAAGCUUAGUAAACAAAACUAAUUCUUAGCGGCUAAUGCUAAUGCUAUUGCUGCUCCAGCAGUGCUAGCCGGGGUUGGCACCAGGAUACAGGCCGAUAAUACUCACCCCUGAAAAUCAAAAGAGCUAGCACUUAGUACGGUUAGCGGCUAAUGCUUAUACUUCUCCAGUCUUGAUGCUAGAAACUUUGCAGACUGAAACUGACGAUUUUUGGGAAAAUUAAAGGAUUUCAAGUGCGCCUUAUAGUGCGUAAAAUAUGAUAGUGAGUCGCGAUAUGUUUUUAAACUGUUAUUUUUACAGCUUUUGAUAAUACAAUGAAACAGAUAAUUCCAGUAGGGAUGCACUGAAUAACUUAUAAUGAACAAUGACAAUGAAAACUAAUUUAUUCAAAUAUUGAUUGCACCGCCCCCUCCUCUCUUCUCGCAGCCUCACUGGUAGUGAUGGAGACAGCAACGAGGACCCACAAACGGCAGGUUUACGUUCAUUUUUUACUAACAGAAAUAACAGAAAUUGAACUAAAUAAUCAAAAUAAUGUAUUUAUCAUCACUUAUCACGUUUAGUAUCAGUGUAUUCAGUUUUCUAUCUUUUUACAAAGUGGCUGUUUUCAAACUUAAAUAUGCAAGCUGUACAGGACUAACAUAGUAAAGCUGUGAUUAAAAAUCUGUGUUAUUCCACCAAAUAUUGAUUUAUGAACUCUAACUGUGUUAAAACAUUAGUAUUGUUGUUUCUAAAUGAAUAUGAACUUGUUUUCUUUGCAUUAUUUGAGGUCUGAAAGCUCUGCAUCUUUUUCAUUAUUUUGACCAUUUCUUAUUUUCUGCAAAUAAAUGAUACAUUUUUGUUUGGAA